UAUUCCUCGUUGGAUGCUCACUUCAGAUAUAUUUACCACGUGUUUGUGGUUUUUCGUUUCAUGCUUUGCAUCACCCUUUAUCUGAAAUUUGAGUAAUUACAGUGCAAUUAACAUAUGCAAAAAUGCCGAAAGUACGAAGGGAAAAAGAGUCUCGUAUUCACAAAGAUGUUGUCAAACAAGGUAUUAUGUUCAAUAAGGAUUUUGGUCAACACAUAUUGAAAAAUCCGAUGAUAAUUCAAAGCAUGGUAGAAAAAGCAGCACUACGUCCAACAGACGUAGUUUUAGAAAUCGGUCCAGGAACCGGAAACAUGACCGUUAAAAUGCUAGAAAAGGCAAAAAAAGUUAUAGCCUGUGAAGUAGAUCCCCGGAUGGUAGCCGAAUUACAAAAACGAGUUCAGGGAACUCCUUACCAAUCCAAACUUCAAAUUAUGAUAGGCGACGUUCUGAAAACUCAGUUACCAUUUUUCGAUCUCUGUGUCGCCAAUAUUCCUUAUCAAAUUUCGUCUCCAUUGGUAUUUAAACUACUACUUCACAGACCAUUUUUCAGAUGCGCUGUUCUCAUGUUUCAAAGAGAAUUUGCAGAGCGAUUGGUCGCAAAACCAGGAGACAAAGCCUACUGUCGCCUCAGUAUCAAUACACAAUUAUUGGCAAGAGUCGAUAUGUUAAUGAAAGUUGGAAAAAACAAUUUCAGACCACCACCAAAAGUAGAAUCCAAUGUUGUCAGGAUAGAACCGAGAAAUCCGCCGCCGCCAAUCGAUUAUAAAGAAUGGGAUGGUCUCACCAGAAUUGCUUUUGUUCGGAAAAACAAAACUUUAGCUGCAGCUUUUAAACAAUCUACAGUUUUAGCAGUUAUUGAGAAAAAUUACAAAAUCCAUUGCAGUUUAACAAAUACGCCUAUUCCUGAAGACUUUAACGUAAAGGAAAUGAUAUGCAACGUUUUGAAGGAGGCGAAUGUUGAAGAAAAGAGGGCGAGGACGAUGGACGUCGACGAUUUUAAAGGGUUGCUGUACGAAUUUAAUGUUAAGGGCAUACACUUUGCAUAAUUUCAAGGAGAAAAAAAAAACCAAUAGCGACUAAAAUUUAUUUAAAAAUUAUUUUUCAUGUAAAUAAUUUUGUAUCAAAAUCUUCAAAGACUUUGUAUUAGUUACAAAUAAAUUAAAUACAUAAACAUAAACAUAAAACGUGUGUCCACCAUCGCUUAAUCUGUAUUCCUAAAACUAGAGAAUUUUUCUUCAUACCUGGAGAGUAAAUAAUGAAAAUAAAAAA